UAGUGGUGUUUACAAAAAAAAAUCCAUCUUGAGGAUAAAUGUUUUCAUAUCCUCAUAGCUCAUUGUGUCAAUCCUUUUGGCGCAAUGAAAAUCCUUGAAAGGUCUUGAAAUGUCUCUCUCUCUCUCUCUAAAAAAAAGAAAUCUUGAAUGUGUCAAACAAAGGAAAAAAAUAAAUAGAGGUGGGACCAAUGCUUGCCACGCCAUCGGUGGAAAAUCUAUUCUCCCGCAGCAAAGAACCCUACUCUGCGAAAUCCUCCAAAUUAUGGACGGCGAUAGGCGAGCACCCGCGGCGGCCGCCGCAUCGGUCGCAGCGGUUUUCUGCGCCGGCGACCUCCUCCGCGAGAUCCUCCUCCGCCUCACCUUCCCCCACUACCUCGUCCGCGCCGCCCUCGUCUCCAAGCAGUGGCUCCUCCACGCCUCCGACCCGGCCUUCCUCCGCCGCUUUCGCGAUCGCCAUCCGCCCAGCCUCCUCGCCUUCUGCGCAGGCUACCCCCGCACCGCGUACCAGUUCGUUCAGCUCCCGCAGCCCCCGGAGCUCGCCGCCCUUUCACGCCGCGCGGCCUCUUCCUGCAACGAGGCCUUCGCCGCCCGUGGAAGCCAGUGGAUCAAGCACUGCCGGAACGGCCACCUCCUCAUCGAGCGCCCUCACCGCGGUAGAGGCGAGUAUUCCCUCCUGGCGCCGCUGCUCAACGGAGAGCCCAUUGCCAUCCUCCCACCUGUCGGGGGCUGCAUCUCGCAGCCCCAUCUUCUUCUUCUACCUCUGAUCUCUCACAAUCUCUCUUGUCUCUCUCACCUCACAAGAACACACACAUGGUGAGAACUGAGAAAGACUACACAACACAGGCACGCACAC